ACUAUGAGGGGACAGGGGUGGCGGUUGGGGGAUAUUGGGACGGGGGGUGUGUGUGCCUGCCCUCCCUCUCCCUCACCUGCCUCCCCUCCCCUGAUCUCCCUCACCUGUUCCGCUCUGAGGGCAGCAGAGAUGGAUACGCAGGACAUUGAAGAGCUGCAGCAGGAGGUGGUGGAGGAGCUGGGAAUCUCCCUGCAGGAGCUGCAGGAGAUCAUCGACAAGGAGGUGGAGAACUCCGAGUGGGUGAGGCAGCGAAAGCAGCAGCUGGAGGAGCUGGAGAAGUGUGUGAGGCACAAGGAGGAGGAGGCGGCUCACGUUGACCAGCUCAUUGACAAUGCCACGAGAGCCAUCGACAAGUGCGAGACGUUGGCCAAGGAGUUGUACUCCAUGAUGGGCCUCCAGUACCGGGAGAGCAGCUCCGAGGACGAGGCCCCGGCGGCCACGGAAGUGAUCGAGAUCCCGGACGAGGAGGACGACGACGUCAUGAGCGUGGACUCGGGCUGGAAGCACAGCACCAGCAGCUCCAGAAUCUCCAAGGAUCAGAGUCUGCUGCAGGAAGCAAUGGCUGCCAUGAGGAGAUCAGCCCGGGAUGUUGCAAAAUUCAUGGAUGCUGUGAACAAGAAAACAAGCUCCCAGGAAGCACAAAAAGAGGCACAGCCCCCCCAGGCAUGUCCUGGCACUGCCCAGCCCGUUGCCCCCGCGGCCCCUGGGGAUGAUCUCAACACUGACGGGGAUCUCAAAGUGGGAAUGAGGAUUUUGGGCAAGAAAAGAACCAAAACGUGGCACAAAGGGACCUUGAUUGCCAUCAAACCAGUCGGUGCUGGCAAGAAAUACAAAGUGAAAUUUGAUAACAAGGGGAAGAGUUUGCUCUCGGGCAACCACAUUGCCUAUGACUACCACCCGUGUCCUGAGAGGCACCACGUGGGCAGCAGGGUGGUGGCCAGGUACAAGGAUGGCAAUCAGAUGUGGCUCUAUGCUGGCAUCGUGGCUGAGACCCCCAACGUCAAGAAUAAAGACAGGUUCCUGAUCUUCUUCGACGACGGCUACGCGUCGUACGUGAAGGAGUGGGAGCUGUACCCCGUCUGUCGGCCACUGGAAAAAAGCUGGGAAGACAUUGAGGAUGUUUCCUGUCGGGAUUUCAUCGAGGAAUACAUCACUGCCUACCCCAACCGGCCCAUGGUGCUGCUGAAGAACGGGCAGCUCAUCAAAACCGAGUGGGAAGGGACCUGGUGGAAAUCCAGGGUGGAAGAAGUGGAUGGAAGUCUGGUCAAAAUCCUUUUCCUGGAACCUCUUCCCAUGGGAAGUGGGAGUGUGUCCUACUCCCUCCUGCAGGAGGAUAAACGGUGUGAGUGGAUUUACCGUGGCUCCACACGCCUCGAGCCCAUGUUCAGCAUGAAAACCUCCACAGCUUCCACCCAGGAAAAGAAGCAAAGUGGGCAAACCAGGACUCGUCCCAAUGUUGGUGCUGUGAGGAGCAAAGGCCCUGUGGUCCAGUACACCCAGGAUUUAGCAGGAGCUGGUCCCCAGUACAAACCCCCGGAGCAGCUCCCGGCUGCUUCCUCUGUGUCCCCUCAACCUGCAGAGAUGGAAUGCUCUGACAGCCAGUUGGCCCAGUCCAGGAAGCAGGUGGCCAAGAAAAGCACUUCCUUCCGUCCUGGCUCGGUGGGCUCCGGGCACUCGUCCCCGUCCUCCCCCGUCCUCGGCGACGCUCCGGCUCCGGGAAGGGCCAGCGCGGCCCCGCAGCACCGCGUCCCCGCCGGCGCCGCGCAGCCCUUCCACGGGAUGCUGGACCGCGUCCCCAGCGAGCCGUCCUACCGGGCCCCUCUGGAGAAGCUCUUCUUCCUGCCCCACGUGUGCAGCUACGCCUGCCUGUCCCGCGUGCGGCCCAUCCGCGCCGACCAGUACCGCAGCCGCAACCCGCUGCUCAUCCCGCUGCUCUACGACUUCCGCCGCAUGACGGCGCGGCGCCGCGUCAACCGCAAGAUGGGCUUCCACGUGCUCUACAAGACGCCCUGCGGGCUGUGCCUGCGCUCCAUGCAGGAGAUCGAGCGCUACCUCUUCGAGACGGACUGCGACUUCCUGUUCCUGGAGAUGUUCUGCCUCGACCCCUACGUGCUGGUGGACCGCAAGUUCCAGCCCUACAAGCCCUACUACUACAUCGCUGACAUCACCAAGGGCAGGGAGGACGUGCCGCUGUCCUGCGUCAACGAGAUCGACAACACGCCGCCCCCGCAGGUGGCCUACAGCAAGGAGAGGAUCCCCGGCAAGGGGGUCUUCAUCAACACCAGCUGGGAGUUCCUCGUGGGCUGCGACUGCAGGGACGGCUGCAGGGACAAGUCCAAGUGUGCCUGUCAGCAGCUGACGAUCCAGGCGAGCGGCUGCACCCCGGGGGGGCAGAUCAACCCCAACUCGGGCUACCAGUACAAGCGGCUGGAGGAAUGUCUGCCCACGGGCGUUUACGAGUGCAACAAGAGGUGCAAGUGCAACGUGAACAUGUGCACCAACCGCCUGGUCCAGCACGGCCUCCAGGUCCGGCUGCAGCUCUUCAAGACCCAGAACAAAGGUUGGGGCAUCCGCUGCCUCGAUGACAUCGCCAAGGGCUCCUUCGUCUGCAUCUAUGCAGGGAAGAUCCUCACGGACGACUUCGCCGACAAAGAGGGGCUGGAGAUGGGCGACGAGUACUUCGCCAACCUGGACCACAUCGAGAGCGUGGAGAACUUCAAGGAGGGCUACGAGAGCGACGCCAAGUGCUCCUCGGACAACAGCGGCGUGGACCUGAAGGACGACGACGACGACGAGAACACGGGCACGGAGGAGCCCGAGGAGUCCAACGAGGACAGUUCCGACGACAACUUCGGCAAGGACGAGAACUUCCACGCGAGCUCGGUGCUGCGCAGCUACGCCACGCGCCGGCAGACGCGCGGCCAGAGGGACGGCGGCCUCUCGGAAACCGCCUCCAAGGACUCGGGGCUCACCCGGCCCCUCGGCCACGACGAGGCCCUGGCGGCCCCCUGCAAGCUGCCCGUGUCGGAGGAGAGCUCCAAGAACAAGGUGGCCUCGUGGCUGAGCUCCAACAGCAUGGCCGAGGGCUUCCAGGACGGCGACAGCAGCUCGUCCUUCCGCCUGGGCGAGGCGGGAGAAACCAAGCCUGUGAAAGUGGAGAACCCCGGGGAGAGGGAGAAGGGAUGUGUUCCCACCCCGGGAGAGAUGAACAGAGAGAUGAAGGCAGCCAAGAAGGAGGAACCUGAAGAGCCAACCAAAAUUUCGGGGCUGAACAUCCCGGGCAGGAGGUACGGGUACAACCCCUGCCCCCCGAAGCUGGAGGGGAUCCGGCGGCCCCUGAGCCGCACGGCGCUGCUGCAGAGCCGGCGCCGCUCCCUCUCCCUGCAGGCCUCCAGCGAGGACGUGCUGACACUGUCGAGCAGCACCGACAGUGACGUUGAGAACGGGCAGGUCCUGGUGGGGCAGGUCCCGGGCACCGCCAACGACAGCGACGACAUCCAGACCAUCUCCUCGGGCUCCGAGGAGGAGGAGGGCGAGGACAAGAAAAACCUCUCGUCUGGGUCAGGUCCCGUGAAGAGGCAGGUGGCUGUGAAAUCCACCCGAGGCUUCGCCCUGAAAUCCACCCACGGCAUCGCCAUCAAAUCCACCCCGCUGGCCGCGGGCGACAAGGGCGAGAGCGCGGGGCCCGUGCGCAGGAGCACCCGGCAGUUCUACGACGGGGAGGAGAACUGCUACAUCAUCGAUGCCAAGCUCGAGGGCAACCUGGGCCGCUACCUCAACCACAGCUGCUCCCCAAACCUCUUCGUGCAGAACGUCUUCGUGGACACUCACGACCUUCGCUUCCCCUGGGUCGCCUUCUUCGCCAGCAAGAGGAUCCGGGCGGGCACGGAGCUGACCUGGGAUUACAACUACGAGGUGGGGAGUGUGGAGGGCAAAGAGCUGCUGUGCUGCUGCGGGGCCAUCGACUGCCGGGGCCGCCUGCUCUGAGCCCCCCCUGCUCCCCACGGUCCUGGGGCUUCCCUCGGGGAGGGAAAAGGUUCUCCAGAGCUUCUGUGUUCUCCUGUUCCCUUGGGAAGUCACGGAUGGACGCGGGGCAGGACGGGAAUCUGGGGGAUUCCCAACCCCUGGGCUUCUCCCACCUUCCAGAGGCUCCAGUUACCCCGACAACCUCCCUCAGGAAAGGGAGUUUUUCCUGUUCCCUUCCAGCUCUCUGCCAAACUUGAGGCACAAACCCCUUCUUUUCCAGCAGGAAGCACUUCCCCGAGAGUCCCAACUUCAUGGUUGGGAUUGAGGCCUGGGAAGUGGGAGGGAAAGAGGAUGGUUGAAAUCCCAGCAAGAUGGGACCAAUCUGGAUUUCUGUGACCUGAAUCAUCUGUGAGAUGAUGUUGUAAAGAAUCUUUUGUACUUUUGGUUGUUAAAAAAAAAAGCAAUAAACUUAAUGUUUUUUUCUACUAAAAAUCAUCUGCAGUGGCCUUCAGACACAGCAAAGAUCCCUGGAAGAGCAGCACUGAACCACUUCCCACCAUCCUGGUUUCCAUGGGGUUUGCAGGAAAAAUGCCAAAGGCCCCAGGAACAGGGAUAAGGAGCUCCCACAUUCUCACCUUUCCCUCACCUUUCCUCAAAACAAACACUCCUUAAACCCUUCACUUGGAAAAAUUAAACAGAAACUGGCUGGAAUUUUCUCGAGGAGGCAGAUCCAAGGCUGCUUCCCAUCUCCAGUCUUCCCAGAACGUCCCUGUAGGCUGGAAACACUGAGUUGAGCUUAAAGUCCUGCACUGAAGAGGCCACUGGGACAGCCUUAAACUCGAUUUAGGCACCUGGGGAGGGCGGGUGGGGCAGCCCAGCCCAGUCUGGCUGCUGGACACGAAUCCACACGGAAAAUCACUGGCUUUGGCAACAACACACAAUUCCAAGGGUUUGGGUUUGGGUUUGGGUUUUUUUUUUGUUGGGGGGGGUAGGACACCAGGGCAGCUCCAAAAGGUUCAAUAAACCACCUUUAAAACUGGUUAAAA